GCAUCCAUGGGCCACCUGAUUUAGCGCUACCGCUUUCCCUUCUCUACUGUCCCAAGUCUCACGACUGCGUUUGCAACCUUCGGAGAUGUGGCGAAUGGCUCUCUCCGCCAAAACCAGCAUACGGCUAUUACGACUGCCUUAGUUAGAUACCUAUCAUACACAUUACAUAUGUAGCUCUGUAUGGCUUUCCAACUCAUGAACUCGCAGACGAAUGUUUUCCAGGCUAUUGUUGGCCUGAGAAUCCCAAUUAUGAUAAAGUAGGGGUAGAAACUGGGUCGUGGUAUUGCUUGCCAUCUGAAAAAGGCUUCCUCAUAGAAUUUGGACUUCGACGCCCUCUCCUCCAGUCUUGAUCACCGCGCCAGGCUCGGUGCUCACUUAUGAAGGCCGAGUCUCAGUGUUGGCAUCAGAGGCCGAGGAGCUUUUAAGGCAGGUACAGGUGGACCGAUCAGCCCUUUCCUCCUCGACUUCCUUAUCCUCUAUCUAUCCUCUACCCUAUCCUCUACCUCCUAUUCCUCAUCUCCCCGACUGUCAGCAUCUCUCUGACCGUCCGGUUUGUGUGAGUUUGCCUUGCCCUGCAAGAUGGCGUCCUACCUGGUGCCCUUCAACAGUCUGAUUUGCAUGCUGCUUGGCAUCUCCUUCACCGUAUGGGUCACUCUCCUCCUCGUCUUCAUCAUCGUGCCGGCCAUCUUUGGAGUGUCCUUUGGCAUACGACGCCUCUACAUGAAGGCCCUGGUCAAGCUGUUUGAAUGGGCUACUCUGCGUAUGGAGAGGAGAGCGCGAGAGAAGAACCAGGAACUCUACAAACCCUACAGCAAUGGCAUCAUAGCGAAGGAGCCGGUCACUCUGGAGCAGGAGAUUCAGGAACUGCGGAGCAGCAGUGGCGUCAGCAUCAGCAGUGGCGGCGGCUCCGGCGGUCCGGCGGCGUCCUCGGCCGAGUUUGAGCUGGCCGACAUCUUCUCGUUCUCCCGGCGCGGCGUGGAGAGCAUCGUGGACGACGAGGUGACCAAGCGCUUCACGGCGGAGGAGCUGGAGAGCUGGAACCUGCUGACCCGCAGCAACUACAACUUCCAGCACAUCAGCACGCGCCUGACCGUGCUCUGGGGGCUCGGCGUCGUCAUACGAUACGGAUUCCUGCUCCCGCUCAGGGUGACUCUGGCCUUCACUGGAGUGGGUCUGCUCGUGGUUCUCACCAGUGUCGUGGGGCUCCUUCCCAACAGCCGCAUGAAGAGCUAUCUCAGUGAGAAGGUUCACCUGAUGUGUUAUCGGAUCUGUGUGAGGGCUCUAACUGCCAUCAUCACUUACCAUGACAGUGAGAACAAGCCGAGGAAUGGAGGCAUCUGUGUGGCCAACCACACUUCUCCCAUCGAUGUCAUCAUUUUGGCAAAUGUGAGUGUUCUCUAACCUUUUCUGCAGGUUGGCCAGGUGCACGGUGGCCUGAUCGGGAUCAUCCAGAGAGCCAUGGUCAAGGCUUGUCCUCAUGUUUGGUUUGAGCGCUCCGAAGUUAAAGACCGCCACCUGGUGGCCAAAAGGCUGAGUGACCACGUAGCAGACAAGACCAAGCUGCCCAUCCUCAUCUUCCCAGAGGGCACCUGCAUCAACAACACCUCCGUCAUGAUGUUCAAGAAGGGCAGCUUUGAGAUCAACUGUGUCGUCUACCCAGUGGCCAUCAAGUAUGACCCUCGUUUCGGGGAUGCCUUCUGGAACAGCAGUAAAUUUGGGAUGGUAAACUACCUCCUGCACAUGAUGAGCAGCUGGGCUAUAGUCUGCAGCGUGUGGUACCUGCCCCCCAUGAGGAGAGAGGAAGGGGAGGAUGCAGCUCAGUUUGCCAACCGGGUCAAAGCGGCCAUUGCCAGGAAGGGUGGACUGGUGGACCUGCUCUGGGAUGGCGGUCUGAAGAGGCAGAAGGUGAAGGAAGCUUACCGGGAAGAGCAGCAGAAGCUCUACAGCAAAGUGCUGGUCGGCGUCCAGGAAGAACGCGGCUGUGCCUGCCACCAGGGUGGCGCUAUGGAGGAGCAGCAGUGUCAAUGUGAUCACAGCGAACCUGAAGAGGAUCAUCAAUGCCUAUAUGAGCAUGACAGCUCAGCAGAGCACCAUGGACAUUCAACUGGCACCAUGGAAGAAAAUGGGCACUAUUGUGACCACGUUGGCAUUGUUGAGGCUGAUGGACAAGAUGGUGACCAGGGUGCCGCUGUUGAGGUGGAUGGACACCAUGGUGACCAGACUGACACUGUUGAGGUGGAUGGACACCAUGGUGACCAGACUGGCACUGUUGAGGUGGAUGGACACCAUGGUGACCAGACUGGCACUGUUGAGGUGGAUGGACACCAUGGUGACCAGACUGGCAAUGUUGAGGUAGAUGAACACCAUGGUAACCAGACUGGCACUGUUGAGGUGGAUGGGCACCAUGGUGACCAGACUGGCACUGUUGAAAUGGAUAGGCAUUCUUAUGACCACUCUGGCACUAUGCAGAACCAUAGGCACCUCUGUGAUCAGACUGGCAGUGUUGACGAUGAUGAUGGUAGUGGCCAGUCCUGCGAUCUGACUGGCAGCGCGCAGGACGGUGGGCACUUGCGUAAACGGACUGGCAUCCUGAAGGAUCCUGGGUGCUCCUGAGACAGCCAGCGGGCACUGAGGCUGCCACUGUGCCAAUGACUUUAAUGCCACCGGACUGGGGCCUGCACCCCCAGGAGUACAGGGGGACCCACAGUGAGCCUGGCCUAGAACGAAGCCCCUAGACUGGGCACCGCUGUGGGAUGUGCCCUCACCAAGAGACUGGAGCCUGCUGGAGCUCUGUCUCUCUGCUGUCUUAAGUUCCCACGGGUCUCCUGAUUGCAUUAGAAGGAGUUUUUUUGAUUGUUUGUUUAGGGUUUAUUAUUAUUAUAAUUAUUAUUAUUAUUAUUAUUUUUUGCACACUUUGCACGACAAGCACAGGCAUUAGUUGAUUUUAUUGAAGUUGUUCUGUAACAUUUCAACUAAAGAAUUCAUUUUAUUUUCUGAUGUUUGAUUUUAUUUGGCUACUUUUGUUUACAGUUGUUGAGGUUUUCAGUUCUGCAUGUUCAGGAGCAGAAGGGUGAGAUUGGGAAAAAGGGGUGUGCUCAGUACACAGAGAGGGAAAGAAAGAAAGGGAGAUAUGAAAGAAUGAAUGAAGGAGGGCAGAAAGAGAUGACAAAGAUUACUUGGCCAGUCGAGCUCAGAGUUGACCUUUGAUACACAGUAUCUGCUGUAAUGUGCAGGGUUUGUUUUUGUUUUGUUUUUAAAUAAAAAACACCUUGUGUGCUCUUUUUAA